AUGGCUUCCCUUGUCACAGCCAAGCAGCCACUCAGACUCCAGUCAGCUCCCCAGGCUGGCGUUGAAGUCAACGAAAUUCCCUUCCCGAUCUUAAUAUGUAUCUACUACCUUUCAGAAUUUGUUAUCUUCUUUUGCUUGGUACAGUUGCUUAAUGACUACGGUGGUGGUGUGAGAGCUGAGGGGGAGCCUCUGAGAAGACCCAUGGAAGGAACAACUAGAAGACCUCCCGAGGGACCUGUCUGGAAAUCAGCAGACCCGCCUGCUUGGGGUCCUGUGAGGCCAAUAAGGGGCCGUGCUGUGAGUCCUGAAAGAAGACAUGCUGACAGACCCGCCAGAGGCCGAACCUUGAGUCCCAUGAGGGGAUUUUCUCCAAAUCCCACCAGAUUACACGCUGAGAGACACGCCAGGGGACGUGGCAUGAGUCCCACCAGGGCGAUUGCUGUGAGCCCUCCAAGAGGCUAUAUUGUGAGCCGUGCGGCGAGUCCUGCAAGAGGCCAGGCUGAGAAACAUUCAAGAGGACGUAAAAGAGUACGUGCCAUGACAAAGAGUCGCCCAAGAGGCCAUACCCAGGCCGUGAGUCCUGCAAGCAGAUCUGCUCCAAAUCCUGCAAGAGGCCAUGCUAGGGGCCGUACAGCGAGUCCCAUCAGGGCGCGUGCUGUGAGUCCCGCGACAGGACAUGCCGAAAGACAUGCAAGGCGCCGGACUGUCAGUCCUUUAAGGAGACACGCAGGCUAUGCUGUGGGACUAGCAAGGAGACCUCCCAUGCAAGAAGUCAUUCUGGGAGCCGCAGUGGGACUCACUGUGAAAUCAGCAGAAGGAUAUGAUGAGGAAGCGUCUAGAUCUGCAAAGCAAUCGAAGAAGUCUACUGCGGAUAAAGAUGAAAAUGAAAAUGAAUCCUCAAUUUUAAAGGAUACCAAGGCUGAUGGCUUUAUAUACCUACCUGAAUUCCGAAUUGACCUGGCUCCUCAUUGCAGAAGAAACCAUGCUUUUCAAGCCACUCAUGCAAGAAUCAAGAAUUUCUAUUUUGCUGCUGAGUGCUCAGAUGAGAUGAAUUAUUGGGUUGGACAAAUGUUACAGUUAGCAUAUGGUUCUUCCUUUGGAGAUGCAGCUGCUAAUGCAGAAUACCGGCGUAUUGGUGCCAUGAUUUAUGCAAAAUGUGUUCUGGCCCUGAAAAGAGAGUUUCCUGUGAUUUGGUGUACCAACUGCUAUGAAGCAACUACUAUUGUUUCUGUGAAUCCAAACUUCCAAUACAGACGUGCUCAAAAUAUUUCUGAUGAGUUCAUCUAUUUUCGUCCUAUUGAUGCGGACAUUCGGGAAGAGGCCAGAAGACAAAAACAACAGAAAUCAACUUUGGCCUCCCGUCAACACAAUCGAGAAGAAUACAGUCGCCCAGGAACCCCAAGAAAUCUGUGGCUGGAAUCUCCAGAAAAUGCAGAGUCCCCAGGAAGUGAUGACCUAGAAGUAGCAAGAAACAUGUAUCCUUUUAGAGAAAGAUCCAUCUUCCGGCGUUCCUGGGCAGAGCUUUUAGAGGCACCACUGAACAGUGAAGGGCUCCACAUUCUCCAAACUGUUCCCACAGAAGAGGACAGAGAAAUUGGCUAUCACCUACAACCAGAGGGGGAGAAUCAAGCAAUCACCCCUCCCAAGGGACAUCAUCCCCAUGGUUUGGAAGGUCCUUUCCCAUUGUUACCCCAGCAACCUAAGCCACGGCGGCAGCAAAGUCACAGUUUACCACGAUACAGUGAUGUCAAGAGCAGAAACCUAAACGCACCUGAGUUAACAUUAAAUCCAGAGGAGACAUGCUUCUGUUUUCCAACUGAUCAUAAUCCGCUCAUAGGAGAAAAUGCAAAGGAAAGAGACAGCAUUGAAGAAGCUUGGCAAAAGGCCAUUUUGUCAGGUUCUGGCGAGCACCCUCCUAUCAAUCCAAGCUUUGAGAAUUCUUCUGCAAUGUGGGGCAAAACUGGAAUUAGUGGAAAUAAUGCUGGACUUCACAGUGGCAAUGUUAGAGUUUCCAGGAAUAAUAUCAGUGUCCCCAGGGUUAAUGUUGGAGUCCCCAUGAGAAAUGUUGGAGUUCCUGUGGAUAAUGUUGGGGUUCCCUUGGAUUAUCCUGCAGUUCCUAGGGGCAAUGGUGGAGUUCCUAUGGGUAAUCCUGAAGUCCUUAGAGGCAAUGGUGGAGUUCUUAGGGGGAGUGGUACUGGGGUUUCCAUGGGUAAUAUGGAAACUUUCCGAAACAAUGUUGGAACAUCCAGACGUAUGGCUUUCUCUCCACUCACUGAACUCUUAAAGAUAGGUGAACACCAAUUAUAAAAAAAUGACACCUUACAAAGUAGACCUUAGAGUUAUGGAACAUACUAUGACACUUAACAUCAAAAUAGAAAUACAUCGAAUUUGACACAAUUACAAAUAGGACACCUAAUUUCAGAAUGCACAAAUGAAUUUAUACAUACACUUAUUACGAUUAUCUUCAAUCAGAAUUUUUGGAACAAGAUAGGAGUUUACUUAUUAGUUUGUACUUAAUAAUAAUUAUCAAUUAUUUGUGUGAUUUCAUUUGGGAGGAUGAGUUGUAGAGGAGUCACAUGCUUACUUAUUCAAGCUCAGAUUUCUACUUGGUAAUGAGAUACAGUAUCUCCAUCUAUCACGAAACAAAAUACCAACUAAGCUCCACAUGAUAUUGCCAUUUCACACUUCUGAUAACUUAAGGUCUUCUUGGAUAUUUUGAUGGGCAAAUAAAAGUAAUCUCAUGGUUAUUAACAGUCGUAUGGAUAAGUCCAGCUUAAUGUUCAAGAAAUUUAUUGACUGAAAUGUAAAGAAUCAGGAGAUUUGGCAGAGGAUUAUUGAUUACAGUGCUUCUCUGAAAUAUCCAGACAAGACCUUUAAAGAAAGUUCACUAACAAGAAUAUUUAACUAUUUACAUUAUUUUUGUGACACAUGUCGGACAAAAUUGUAAAUAUUUACUGGAAGCCUUAAAAAUACAAGGAGACAAACAACUGUAGAACUGUAAAUAGUAUACGUGGUUGUGAUGUAAAUAGUAUGGAUAAGACAACACUAACAGCACCACAGGAUGCCUAAAAUAUUGCAUGCUAAAAUAUUACAUUUAUUCUAAAAAUUAAUUUUGUUCAUUUCCCCAACUACCAAAUUAUUUUGUCAUAAAAAUAUAGGACAGAAGGGAAAAAUCAUUGACAUAUUUUACUAACUUACUUAAUAAAAUGCCCUCUCAGAGAGACAAGGACCACUUUUCAUUGGCCCAGAUAGUAUGUUAUUUAAAUUACAAAAAUACAGUUAUCUAUAUAAAAUUUGGUUUUCAAACACAUUUGUUUCAACAGAUUCCUUAAGAUAGAUAAGGUAUUACUGGAAGGUAAUGAGAUUAACUCAUUAAACUACAUUAGGGAAAGUAAUCUCAUUACUUUAUAUUCAUACAUAAUACAAAUUUUUUCCACAAUUUUAGGGCAUAUGGGCCACUAUUCAAUUUGUACAUUUAAAUUUUCAAAUUUCCUGAAUAAUGGUAGCUGUUGUUUUUACAAAAUUAAGGGCAAUUUAAAUUACAGGAUACCACCUAACCCCUUAUUAUGUGCCUUACCACAUAGUACAAGGGGUGGUAAUCUGUGGUCUGAGGGCAAAGUCUUGCCCACUCACAGGAUCCAUUUGGUCUUUGAGGAAAGAGGUCAUGAGGCUGCCUAGCCUCCCUCUCUUCACUCUCUCCCUUGGUUCAGUGUGUGCUUACUGAACCAGGGCCUUGGCCUCAAAAGAAAUGAAAAGGUAGUGAGAUUUCUUUCUCCUACUUCUUACCAUCCCAGAAGAUGGGAUACCAUUUCAGACUUGAGUUACCUGAAUUUUUCAUAGAGUGGCAAAACCACAGAAGUUGUUGAAGGAUACAGGCUGCCAUAUUUCAGUUACUGCCAAUGCCUGACAGAGAAAACCAAACUGACAGUUCACCUUGCUGAACAGAUAGUCUACACUACAUGCUUUCUUGUCAUACCGACUUUGUGAAACAGAACUAUUGUAUUCUAACCAUCAAAGGGAACCACCUUGUAUGUGCAAAAAAGUAAUACAAGGUGAAAAUUGAGAGAUGACUUACGAAGAACUAACAUUUACCAAAAAGCAAGUGAAAAGAAAGACAGCAAAAUUGGGCUCAAUUAUAUAUGACACUGAUAUAUAAUUGAAGAUUGUCACUAAAACACCACCCCCACCAACAAAACCCUGCUAUGUGAGUUUAAUUCCUCAUGCUUUAUGAUCCAUAAAUAUUUGGAUAUUGUGUUUAGUGGCUUUAAAUUUAAAUAUAAAAACUAUAUGUAAAAUGGCCAGCUGCUUGUUUCUUUAUAAAAUUUUAAGAAAUUGAAAGAAACUGUUAACUAAAGAAUCAAAUAUGAAGAUGGUCUAAGAAGAUAAUUGUCAAUCUUGUAAAGAGCUUUACCUAUAGCAUUGGUUUUAUUCUGCUACAUAUUGUUAGUUCAGAACUGAGCAAUACAGAGGUUUCAGUGACACAUCAUUAUUUAUCUUCUUAUGAUCUUAAAGUUUUCUGUUUCAGGGAACUUACCUAGCAUGCCUCAAUAAUCAUCAUAACUUUGCAGAAGAGAGAGUAAAUAGCAUAGAAUAUAUUGAAUAAGAACACUUCAUCACAAAUUUCACAUAAAUCUAAUCUGAUAACUUCAUGAAAGAUGUUAAGGAGCAGUGUUGAAGAAAGAAAAUUAUGGGCUAUUUUUAAUGCUGUUGCUCUUACCAAAUAAAAAUAGAUUUAAAUUACACAUAGUAGUUCAAUAUUCUAAUAUAUACCCUAUAAAAUAAGAAGAAAAUUACUUGCUAAAAUCUAUGAUGCCAUAGGUGGGAGAAAGAAUUUUGAAAUUUCCCACAUAAUGUACUAUUCAAGAAAGAGUAGUGGAUCAGAAAAUAAUAAUGAGUAAUUACUACUUAACCAUAGUAAUUAUACUGAUUCUUUUAUCGUAAGGCUCUAGAAAACUGUGCCCUGCCCAUUGUGAGUACAAGAUAAAUUUUAACUUUAUGGACCAUUUUACAUUCAAUCCUCUGGUUAUACAAAAAUGAUUGUGUUUAAAUUAAAUUGUACAAUGUGAAUUCAGAUAAGCCCAACUGAUUUUUAAUUCACAAGUUACAGAGCAAAAGAAUUUAAGAAGUUUUACUUACUACUAAUAAUAUUAUUAUCUCUGUUUUUCUCAAAGCUAAGGGGAAAAUGAUUUAUCUCAAAAACACCUCUCUAAGAACUUAUGAGAUCAAAUCAUAUAACUGCCCCCUUCAUUUCAGUAAGCAUAAUGUUACAAAAAUAUUUCUCAAAGCAUUUAACUGAAAUCAAGAUAUUUCUAAAGCAUUCUGAGUAGGAAAAUAAUCCAUACAUAACCAUAACCUAUAUGUUAGAAUAAAGGGAAUUUAAUGGUUUGUGAAAGAUUUUUUAAAAUAAUUGAAAUAAUCUGUUUGCAUACAGUUGGAAAGUAAAAAAGAAUUUGGUCCUUAUACAUGUAGUGGAAAACCAUAGUUAUCAAGAACCAGUAUAAAACUAAAAUAUGCAACUACAGAAAAAAUUAUCUAAAACUGUGGCAAGGGAAUUCCUCUUGAUGAUUAAUCUAACAGUAACUGAAUGUACAGUACUAUUUCUUUUUUUUUUUAAGAAUGAGACAAACAGUGUGGUUAUUUACUCUAAAAUCCAUUAAUUAACAAGAAAGCUUCAAUAAUUGCAUGGGAGAUUUCCAUCUAAUGAUUAUAUUUUAAGUAUGUUUUAGAAUUAAAAGUUCAAAAUAUAGCAAAGUGCUUUUAAUAGAUCAUGUGCCUUGUUCAGUGAACAUUUUAAAAGCAGAGAGCCUCACUGAUGAGUGACAAUCUUGUUGAAAAUGAGAGGUAAAAGGAAAAGCAAAACAAAAAUUAGAAUAAAACUGUAGCUUUUAAAGUAAAUGAUGUUUUAUUAUUUCAAAGGGUUUUUUUUGCUCUUUUGAUACUUACCAUCUUGUUUAUCAAUGUGAACAAAUAAGCCUUAAAUAAUUUAAUUUUGCAUUUAUAUUCUUAAAACUUAUAUUAUCUCCGAUCCUCUAACUCCCAUCCCUUAUCCCAACCCUUACUUGGCUCUAUCCUUUACCUAAUGCAACCCCCCACCCCAUCCUUGACCUCUUUUCCAUACCCACAAACCUCAUCCCCCCAAACCUCAUCCCCCCAUUUAUCCCUAACACUUUCCCCACCCCUUACCACAUUUUGGAUAUCUUCUCCAUCCCUUAUCCUCACUUCACUGCUGACCUUCUUCCUCUUACCACCCCAUUCUAUACUCACUUUCUCUUUCCAUUGUUCACUCCAUCCCAUUGCCUGUUAUGACUCUUUCCUUCAGCCUAUUCCUGAGACUUAUUCCAACUCUCUUCUUGACUACAACUCUCACCAUACCUUUAAUCCUUCAACUCUUCCCACAAUUUUGACAUCAAGAAAUCAGGGUGGAAUAAAGACUAAAGUGAGGACAAUGAAUAGAAUAAGAUUGUCUAUUUUAUAUCUUUAUUGAUUUAUAAAAAUAAAAACUCAAAGUUGUAUUUUUCCAGACUGUAUAAAAGUAUCCCAAAUUGUAGCAUGCAUGAUAUUAAAGUAGCCAAGUAAAAAUUAUUCUGUCAAAAUAUAGGAACCUGAAUACCAUGUACCUCCAAAUUGAAUUUUUUGGUGGGGAAAGUAGGCUGAUUAAUGCCAGUUUUUCAAUUAUAAAAACAUAUGAUGAAAUUUGUAACUUCAAGACUUUUUUAAAUUUAAAUUUUUAACUGAUUCAAAAGAUCCAGAUUUUUCCUUCUUUCGUAUAUUAUAAAAUGCCUCUCUCCUUAGGAAAUACUCAUUUUAGGCUCUUUGAGUAAAUGAACAGAUAUACAUCCAAUUUCUUCAUCUAAAUUGUAAAAUAUUGUUAAUUAAAAAAUUAAAGUAUGCACUUUGUGACUUUACCUAGAGCAUAUUUUUGCUAUUAAAAAGGAAUAUUUUAAGAGUUUAUUUUUAAAGCUGACUCACCUCUAAUAGAUUUCAUUAUCUUAUACAACUAGUAUUCAAGUACAAGCCAAGUUCUCUAUUCUUAUACAUAUAUUAGAAUAAAAGAAAAGAUCAUCUUCAAAAUAAAACUCACUUUAAAAACGCAGUGACAUUCAAUAUAAUAGUUAAUAUAAUACUAAACUGUGUUAGAAAUACCAACAUUUAAUAUUGUUGAUUUUUUUCCAAAAUCUCAACAAUCUUGAAGAUCACCAUGAAGAUAUUCACUAAUUUUCAUAAUUCUUCUAUACAUGUAUCCAGUCAUUUAAAAAUAAACACACAACAAUUUUAGAAUUUGAAAAUUGUAAAAUAAUAAUGGCAAAGUUUAUUCCUUAAAUCUAACAUUUCAGUAUUAGGUAAUCAGAUUUAAUGCCAAUACAUGUGCAGUACUUACAGAGAUCAUAAGCCUGUGAAGAAAAAGUUCAUAAAGGUAUUAAUUUGGAAAUACCCAUUGUCAAAAUUCGGUAAUAACACCUCUACACAUUAUAGCUCCUCAAACACUCAAACCAAAUGUUUCAGCUUCAUGUGACUAUGUUCAGUAUGUUUCAAGUAAGGGACACCGUAUUUCUCUUUUGCCACAUUUAUCACCAGUGAUUAGAGAAUCAAACUGUCUUGAAAACAAAAAGCUCUUCUCUGAUCCAAGAAAAUGAGCAAGAGCUGAUGCAAUGCUUAAGAUUGCAGUAUUCAUUAUGAUAAAAAAAUUUUCCAUCUUUUGAAAAUGAAAGAUACAACUCGGUUUUGUUUGCAAAGAAAAGGAGGAUAGUAAGUAAAGUACACUGGUAUUGUGAAACAUUUUUCAUUUUACACUGAUGCUGUGUUUGAUUUUUAAAAAUAUGUAUUGACAUUAAUUGCUGGCCAUUGUUGACUUCUAUCUCAUUUAUUAAGUAUAUAUUGUGAUAUGUUUAAACAGUGUGCCAUUCAAGGUGAUAUUUUAAUAUGUUUGUGACAUGUGUACUUGAUCCUGUAUUGUACCCUUAAAUAAAGUGUGGUGUGGAUUGUUGUGACGUUUUCCUUUAUUCAGAGGUUGAAUUAUCACAGCACUAGAAUAUAGAACUGGUGCUCAGUAUUUAUGAUUAUCUUAAUCUUGUAAAGCUCACAAAAGGUAUUUUAUUAUCUUGCUACCUUAAUAUUCUAAUAAAGAAUCUUACAGAGGGGUUAUGACCAUUUAAAAGCUAAAUUACUAAAUUAAUUUUAUUUCUGUAGCAACAUUCACCAAAGAUUUAUUAGGAUUGUUUUCAAAAGUAAAAUUAAAAUUACUACUACAUGUGCUGAUGCAGCUGCUACAUCUAUUCCCAAAGUCUUCUGUUCGAGUGCAGUGGCAUGAUUUAGGCACUUUGGUUUUUGGAUCUUCCCCAUUGAGUGUGUAUGAAUAUGCUCAUGCACACAUGCACGGUAUAUGAGACAGAGAUAACAGGAGACUUCAAAAGAAAUACAUAUACUAUCAUCAUCACUUAAAUUUAAUCACUGAGAGUUUUGACACCACAAUGUAUUUUGUUCUUAAGUUCCCUGAAAGGACUAUCGUAUUUUUUACUAGAGACUGAAUCUUCCCAGAAUUGAUUAUUCAACCUCCAGUCUCAGUUCCUCUGCAUUCAUAAUAGAAAUCCGUGAUUCUUAACCUUUUUCUGCUAAGGUGGCAAGUAGUGGAAUAGAUAUUUCAAACAUUGACCUUUGUCUCCUAAUCAGUUAGAAAUAAAAAUCAAACAGACAACUAACUGCCAGGAUUCCAGAUUGAAAAUCUUGAUUUGUUCUGUAUGUUUCAUAUCGUUCAUUUCUAUACAAAUCUCACUAAAACUCUUCUCUGGAACACGAAUUUGAUUAGAAACCUUAUAAACUAAAACACUAGAAAUGUUUGAUGCUACAGAAGUAAAAAAGUAACUCACUCCCCUCUUGCAUCUUGAAAACUAAAUUUCAACUCCUGGAUAAUGUUGUUUCUCCUAAAUAUUUUCAAUUUUGUAUUUGUACAAUGUUGAAACUUGUACUCUAGGUUAUGUAACAUACAAGUGUUGGCUGUUACUUUACCUUCUUCUCUUCAAGUAAAUUGUGAUAUUUACUGUAAUUGAUGCCAUUUUGUUCUAUCAGAUUUAUGCCAGAUUAUCUUGUUAAUAUUUUGUGUCUGAUAAAAUUAUUGAUGGUAAAUGUCACUGUGUGGUCCUCAUUAGGCAUAUAUUUCCAAUACAUUACAAUGAUGUGUAAGGUGCACUGCAAAAUUGUUUUAAAAUGGUCUUUUUUCUAACACAUCAAUCUGCUGAAAAAAUAUGUAUUUGGCACAAUAGUGAAAGCAAUGUAGUUCUUACUAAAUUUGAAUUUUUCAUUUGCUUUAAAACAUUUGUAAAUUUAUAUUUAAAUAAAUGGUGUCAUCUGCAUUUAAAUACUGUUUUCUCUUUUUUUUUUC